UUUUCAUUUUGCAUUCAUUGUAAAGCGUCAAUCACGUGUGUAAUCAACAAUCACAUCCCAGAAGUUAUGGAAAGGUCGCUCAACCAGGAAAUCAACUUUUUAGAAGCCUAUACUUCAGCUCUGCAAACCUCUACGGACUUCAAUAAACUUAGUAAAUAUUCUAUGACAUUCAUCAAACAGGUUAAUUGAUAUUGGUAAAGGUAAACAAAGGGAUCCAGUUAUGACGUCAAAUUAUAAGACCACGCACAUCCUAACGAUAGAGCCUGAGAUGUUUUGGUCGGGCAGAUCAAGUUCUUCUCCAAUCGAUGUCGAAUUCGAUAUAGACGGAAACAUUCUCAUUUGUAAUUCUACAGAUGAGAUUCUUAAAUUUAACGAAGAUGGUAAAUUCUUGUCUCGACUUUCUAUCGGCUACGACAGAAAAAUAUGCGGAAUAUCGUGCAACGAAAAUGGCGAGAUUUAUAUGACAGAUGACAAAGCCAAAGAGGUGAUUGUCUGCGACGACGAAGGCCAGAUCACAUUCAAUUUCCCUGUAAAUGGGAAAUCCUCAGAUUAUGAGCCUAAUACAAUGACCCUUGGUGGAUUGGUCGUCUCCAAGGAAGACGGCAUGGUGUUUGUGGUGGAUCAGGAAUCGAACCACGUUCUACGAUUCUCAAAAGAUGCGAAAUUGUUGAACGAGAUAUCUUACGGUUCAAACCAUGGGAAAGGGACAAUAAGGAGUGCUCAGUAUGUGGCUUUGGACGCUAGCUACAACGUUUUAGUGAAUGACAGCCAGCAGAAUCGUGUGCAAGUAUUUCGGCCAGAUGGUCAGUUUGUCCGGUCUUUACGAGGAUCGCGGCAUCCCGGAACAUCUCUGGAAUAUUUCAACCAACCGAGCGGAAUUGCGGUUUUUGAGAAUGGACAUGUAGCGGUUGGGUGUCAAUCGGGAUUAUUUGCUUGUAAAAAUACAUCAUACGGUCCCAUAGUACGCAGAUUUGAUGAUAAAAAUAGUGCAAAUGGUAUCUUGGGUACAAAAGGCAUUGCUGCUACUAAAGGAAAUACUAUGGCCGUUGCCUUAGCAAUGCAAGAUGCCGAGUCAACCAUUGAGUUGUUUAAAUAUGAUUUGGCCGUUAAGGAAGAAACAGAAUGUUGACGAUUAAGACUCAACUUCACAUUUGAUAGCUAAAAUGCCUAAAUGAUAAGAAAAACACAAUAAAUAAUACUUCAUAGGCUGAAUUAUGUAAUGAUAUGUGUAAUUGGAAUCUCGGUUGCAAACGAUUCGUAAAUGUAAUAUUAACACCGGUACACUACACCGGAUUCAAAACUGGUGCAACCUAUAAGAUAUACAAAGGAUACAAAGGAUUAGGUAGAAGCGGUUGGCGCAUCGGUUGUGGCUUGGACUCGCAACCUCGAAACUAUCGCUCUGCAAAUCGCUUGUCCUUGGGCAACAGCUAAUGUAGUACAGUAACAACCGUUAAUGUAGCACACUCCACAGCUUAUGUAGUAAAACUCUCCUCUAAUAUAGAAACACCAACAGCUUAUGUAGUAGAAAGAAAAUCAACCUCAGCUUAUGCAGAACGCUCAACAGCUAGAGUAGUAACGAAAUUGCGUCACAGCUAAAUAUAACUACUAUCGCCAGCUAAUGUAGAAUAUUAAAAUAUUACAAUAUCAUUGGCUGAACGUGGGAGGAACUAAAAUCAGGUUGCCUGCACAUUUCCUAAUGGCGCGUAAACCUGUCAGGGUACUUAAAAAAUGCCGCCAAGCCAAUAUUGUCGGGUGCUCAUCUCGGUAACCACUAAUCAGUAAACCUUAAUAAUUGUCUCGCAUUGGCAUAAGAUCGACAAUGGCGUAAGUUCGUCACAGUCAGUCGGUCGGUAGGUUCCCAUUACUUUACAUCUGCAUUUGCAAUUUCAGUUUAGCCGGACAUUCACUGUGCCCGACCGACGGUCGGCCGAUGCGAUUAUAUGGAGAACGAUCCGACUGCCCCACCGACAAUCAGCAGGCGGAGUCAGUGGCGUAGCCAGUAUUUCUGUAGAUGGUGGGGGUGAGGGGUGGGGAAGUGUGGGUCAGUGAUAUUAUGGCGGAGGAAACAUGGGGUGGGGGAAACAACUGUUCUGAUCAAAACGAGGAACCAAAUGCUGGGGGCCAGGGUAAAAAAAAAUUUGUUUAAAAAAUAUGGCUGUAAAUGGCUAUCUUACGUGACCUCAGCCUGUCUGCUCUUAAAUAAUAAUGUAUAAAUCAAGUGAAAUUUAUGGAAUUAAAGAAUCAAAAUGAAUAUCA